AUGUCGACCAACAAGCUGCUGUCCAACGGAACUCUCCUUUUCGACGUGCUUAUCAUUGGCGCGGGCCCGGCUGGUCUUUCGGCUGCGACGGGGCUGGCUCGUCAACUGCACACGGCCGUCGUCUUCGACUCUGGCGUGUAUCGCAAUGCGAAGGCGCAACACAUGCACAAUGUCCUUGGAUGGGACCACAGAAACCCCAGGGAGCUGCUAGCCGCAGGCCGCGCCGACUUGACCAACCGAUACUCGACGGUUCAGUUCGAGAACAGUAUUAUCGAGACGAUCAAGCAGAUCAAGGGCCAACAACUGUUCGAAGCGCAGGACACCCAAGGCCAACGCUGGUAUGGCCGCAAGGUCGUUCUGGCGACCGGUGUUCGGGAUAUUCCGCUGGAAAUUGAGGGAUACUCGACCUGCUGGACGAAUGGCAUCUACCACUGUCUCUUCUGCGAUGGCUACGAAGACCGAGGCCAGGAGACCGCCGGUGUCCUCGCUAUGGGACCCAUCGCGAGCCCUCCGCGCGCCCUGCAUUUGGCUCGGAUGGCCCGCCGACUCUCUGAAUCUGUCACUGUGUACACCAACGGUGAUGAGGUGCUAGCGAAAGAGAUCCAACAAGCCGCAGGGGCAUCCUCCGACGCCACCUCAUGGCUGAAAUUCGAUGCAAGAUCCAUCACGCGAUUCGAAAAGGGUGGUAUCGCCAAGACCGUCAUAAUUCAUUUUGGCGAGACUGACAAGUCGAAAACAGAAGGCUUCUUGGUCUACAACCCCCAAACAGAGGUAAUCGCACCGUUUGCCAAGCAACUCGCGUUGACCAUGACCGAAGGAGGUGACAUCCAGACCACGCCGCCCUUCAAUGAGACCAGUGUGUCUGGAGUCUUUGCGGCGGGUGAUUGUGCUACCCCGAUAAAGGCCGUCUCCCAGGCGGUGGCUAUGGGAUGCGUAACCGCCGUAGGUGUGGUAGUUCAGCUACAGGCUCAACCAUUGCCGGACGUUCGUCUCGAUCAGGAACUGUAG